AUGUCAUCAUCUUCAUCCGAUGAACUCGAAGAAAGAUUGAACGAAGCUUUCGACGAUGUCUUCGAAGAUAUAUACAACAACAUAGUGGAGGCCCAAACCAAAAAGCAAAGGAAACGUGCAUAUAUAGAACGAAACCGUGAAGAAGGACACACCCGUUUAUGGAAUGACUACUUCAGCGAAGAUCCGACAUUUCCGGCACAUUUAUUCAGACGCCGUUUCCGCAUGAACAAGGAAUUAUUCAUGCGUAUAGUCCAUCGCCUCUCAGAGAACGUUCAAUUCUUUCAACAUAGAAGAGAUGCAACCGGGAGGUAUGGUCUAUCUCCACUGCAAAAAUGUACGGCUGCAAUUCAUCUGCUUGGUUAUGGUUCUGCGGCUAACACGGUUGACGAGUAUCUCCGACUUAGUGAAAGCACGAAUUCAGAGCCAGAACCACCAAGAAUCAAAUCGACUGUGAAGCGUAAAUUGCAUGCAGCUUCUCAAGUUAGGGAAGGCAUGUACUAG